AUGGCAACGGAAAACGAAUUACAAUUAUGUUCAACCUGCAAUAAACCUUCAGCAACACGCUUGUGCAUUGGAUGUAAAAAAUAUUUUUGUUCAAAGGAUUUCAAAGAACAUGAACGACAACUAUCGAUAAAUUUCGAUAAUGAAAUCGUGAGAUCACACGAUGAACUUCUUGAUCAAAUACAAAAAUUAGAAAAAUCAAAUUCUUUCUCAUUGGAUCUUUUUGAUCAAAUUGAACAGUGGAAAAAAACAACAAUCAAUAAAGUAGAAAAAGCGGCAGAAAAAGCUCAUCAUGAACUUGUCGAAUUAAUCGGUAAACAAAGAACAAUUAUAACAAAGCAACUUAAACUGAUUACAGAAGAAAUUCGCUGUUGUCGAGAAGAAGAAAAUUUUGUUGAAAAUGACAUUGAUCGACUUAAAGAAAAAAUUAAUGAAAUUAAACAAAAAUUUGAACAAUUUAAUCAAAAAGAUACAACUCAAAGCAUCAUUGUUAGUAAUGAUCAAAUUGAUUGGAAUCGACUCAUCUACAUCCGAGAACCACAACGAAAUCUUGAUUACUCACGACCACUUAUUAUAUUUGGACCAUUUAAAGAAACUAUUAAUGAUCAACUGAUAAAUGAUCAUCCAGAUACAUUUGCUAGUUGUAUACCUCAUACAACACGACCAAAACGUGACAAAGAAGUUGAAGGUCGAGAAUAUCAUUUUGUUGCAAAUCGUAAACAAAUGGAAGAUGAUAUUCAAAAUUAUUUAUUUAUUGAAGCUGGAGAGUAUGAAGGAAAUUUAUAUGGUACAAGUAUUAAUGCUGUUCGUGACGUAGCUUAUUCUUCAAAACAUUGUAUCUUGGAUGUAACUGGUAGUGCUAUUAAACGUUUAAUUAGAGCUGGUCUUUAUCCAAUUGUUAUAUAUGUUAAACCACGUGAUAUUAAAUGGAUAUUGAAUAACAUGGGAGAAGAAGCAAACGAAGACCGAGCUAAGCAAAUCUAUGAGAAAUGUAAUGAUAUUGAAGAAAACUUUGGUGAUCUUUUUACAGUUACUAUUGAAGAAGAAAAUUUAAGUGAUGUUUAUGAUCGUAUAUGGGAGUUUAUUGAUCAUGAAAAUACAGUUAAGUCUGUUUGGAUACCAUCAGAAGAAAAAACUUAA